GAGGUCGAUACACUACGGUAAAAACCAUGGCUACCGAAAGGAAAGUUUCAGAAGGGGAAGAAUGCAUUCGUCAAGCAGAAAAAUAUUUGAAAACAUCUUUCUUCAAAUGGAAACCAGACUAUGAUUCUGCAGCUAAUGAAUAUUCAAAAGCAGCUACAUGCUUUAAAGGAGCACGGGCUCUUUCAAAAUGUAAAGAUGCUCUUCUAAGAGCUGCAGAUUGUUAUAUCAAGAAUAAUUCUUUUUUCUCAGCUGCAAAGUGCUAUGAACAAGCUGCCCUAAUGGCAAAAGAUAUGAAAGAUUACACAGAAGUUGUCACACUUACAAACCAAGCAUGCCAGAUGUUCAGAGAAUAUGGAACUCCAGAUACAGCAGCCUUGUCAAUGGAGAAAGGGGCCAAAAUUAUAGAAAGCUAUCAUCCAGAAAGGGCUAUCGAGAUGUUUGCAAAGGCUUCUGAAGUUGUAAUGCUUGAAGAACGACCAAAACAAGCUGCAGAAUAUGUUGGAAAGGCAGUGAGACUUCUUUUGAAGCUUAAGAGGUAUGAUGAAGCAGCUGAGAUGAUGAAAAAGGAGCUUCAAUUUCAUUUAGAAGGAGAUAAUCGACCUGGUGCUGGACGCCUUGUUGUGGCUAUCGUUCUUGUUCACUUAACUAGGGAUGAUUAUGUGGCUGCUCAGAAAGUCUUUAAAGAUUGGAAUGG